CCUCUAAACUGCCAUGCUACUGCCCUCUAAUGCCAUUGAACUGCCAUGCCACUGGCACUCCAUGCCGCUGAACUGCCAUGCCAGUGAGUUACCUUGUUACUGCCACUGAACUGCCAUGUUACUGCUCCGCUAAUGCCAUUGAACUGCCAUGCCACCGCUGCUCCCCUGCCUCUGAACUGCCAUGCUACUGCCACUCCACUGCCUCUGAACUGCCAUGCCACUACCACUCUAAUGCCAUUGAACUGCCAUGCCACUGAGCUACCUUGUUACUGCCACUAAACUGCCAUGCUACUGCUCUGCUAAUGCCAUUGAACUGCCAUGCCACUGUUGCUCCACUGCCUCUCAACUGCCAUGCUUCUGCCACUCUAAUGCCAUUGAACUGCCAUGCCGUUGCCACUCCAUGGCAUUAAACUGCCAUGCAUGCUACUGCCACUCCAUGAAAUUGAACUGCCAUGCUACCACUGCUCUACUGCCUCUGAACUGCCAUCCUACUGCCUCUCUACUUUCUUUGAACUGUGAUGCCACUGCUUCUCCACUGCCUCUGAACUGCCAUGCUACUGCUACUCCAUGGCUACUGAACUGCCAUGUUACUGCCACUCCACUGCCAUUGAACUACCAUGCUACUACCACUCCACUGCCAUGCUUCUGCCACUCUACCUCCACUGAACUGCCACGCUACUGCCACACCACUGCCAUGCUACUUCCAAUCUACGUCCCUGAACUGCCAUGCUACUGCUUCUCCAAUGCCUCUAAACUGCCAUGCCACAGAAACUCUACUUCCACUGAACUGCCAUGCUAUGGCCACUGCACUACCAUUAAACUGCCAUACUACUGCCGCUCUACUUCCACUGAAUGGCCAUGUUACUACCACUCCACUGCUACUGAACUGCCAUGCUGCUGCUAAUUCCCACUUCCACUGGACUGCCAUGUUACUGCCACUCUACUGCCACUGAACUGCCAUAUUACUGCCACUCCACUGC